AUGAUUCUAAAAAUUGCCGCUAACCGAAAGCCAACAAAGAAACCCCUUAAUGAAGUUUUAGAAGCAGGAAACAAACUUCCUCAAAAUGCAUCCAAAUCUACACUACAAGACUUUGUCAACACAUAUUUUUCUAAAGAAGGCCAAGAAUUAGUUCAAAUCGAAUUACCCAAUUUUAAUCCAUCUCCAUCUUUCCUUAAAAAAAUUAAAGAACCAAUUAUUCGUGAAUUUGCCAAACAAGUACAUAAUUAUUGCUUUGUAGUACCCGGCGGAAGAUUCCGAGAAAUUUAUUAUUGGGAUAGUUAUUUUGUUAUUGAAGGAUUGUUGGUUAGCGAGAUAUAUGAAAUUGCUAAGAAUAUGAUUGAGAAUUUUUUGGAUUUGAUAGAGAUUUAUGGGUUUGUGCCCAACGGUUCACGAAUAUAUUAUUUAAAUCGAUCCCAACCUCCAUUAUUAACUCAAAUGGUGAAAAUUUAUUAUGAAGCCACUAAUGAUACCUCAUUACUUCGUAAAGCAUUUCCAACAUUGCUCAAAGAAUACAAUUUUUGGUAUAAAAACAAUACAAUAAGUGUACAUAAAAAAGAUAAAACAUAUCAUUUAAGUCAUUAUGAUGUUUAUAAUUUUUAUCCACGCCCAGAAAGUUUUUAUGAGGAUUAUACUACAGUCGAACUGGAUUCAUUUAAUUUAACUGUGAAACAUGAAUUAUACUCUGACAUAGCAACAGCUGCAGAAUCAGGAUGGGAUUUCUCAUCGAGAUGGGCAAGAAAUCCUUACAUUAAACCACCAACUAACAGUUCUAGUAAUAACUUUGAAAUUCUUCGUACGUUAAAUACUAGAGCUGUAGUCCCGAUUGAAUUAAAUUCAAUUUUAUAUAUGAACGAAAUUACCCUAUCCGAAUUCGCGAAACAAGUUGAUGAUUGGAAAACGGUAAAGGAGACGGUAAACCGGCUAAAGAAAUCGGCGGAAGAAAGACUUGAAGGGAUGAUCGAAUUACUUUGGGAUAGUCACACUGCAACGUUUAGAGAUUAUAAUCUGACCAGUAAUACUCAAUCUAAAAUAUUUUCUCUCGCAGCAUAUUUUCCAUUUUGGGCUCGAGCAUUACCAGAAGAACUGCUUACAGAUUCGAAAAAUAAUUACAAAUCUUUUUCUAAUGUAUCAUACCUAUUAUCAAAAUAUAAAGGUUGUCCACCAGCUACAGAAAUCAAUUCCGGUUUACAAUGGGAUUUCCCAAAUUCUUGGCCUCCAUUGAUUUAUGCAAUAAUCAAAGGUCUUUUAAAUUCUUAUCAUGGUUAUUAUAGCAAUUCUCAAAAUAUAGAGGAUCCAAUGUUCUUAGAUCUUGCAUUGAAUAUAAGUCAACGUUAUGUUUCUUCUGUAUUGUGUGCUUGGUAUUCAACGGGUGGAUCCAUACCCGAAUUAUUGACUAAAUUACAAGGCACCACCGAUGUUGGACAUAUGUUUGAAAAAUACAGCGCGUUAGAAACCGGUGUGCCGGGUAACGGCGGUGAAUAUCAAGUUCAGGAUGGAUUUGGAUGGACAAAUGGUGUUUUAUUAUGGAUAAUGUCAAAUUUUGGUGACAAAUUAGAGGUUCCAGAAUGUAUUAAUAAUCAAUAA